AUGAGAUGUCGAAUGAAUCGCUCGACAGGUGUUGAUUAUUUGGAGCCGUUUGAACCAGGUGAGUUAGUCGAUGGUUUGGAAGGAAUUGGUGUCGUCGAAAUGGCGUCUCCAGCUUGUAACUUUGAAGUGGGUGACCUGGUGACUUCUGUCGGUCGAUUAUGGCCAUGGAGUCGACUGUUUGUGGCUGAUCACUCAGAUCUGGUUAAGGUGAAUUUGCCACGUGGUUACUCGCCGUCAAUAAUACUGAGUUGCGUUGGUAUAUCAGGUAUGACCGCGUUGUUGGGUAUCCGCAAGAAAGCCGCAAUCGACCCAACAAAACCGCAAACGAUUGUCGUCUCAGGUGCGGCCGGAUCGUGUGGUUCUCUAGCUGGACAGAUAGCUAGGUUAGAUGGAUGUACGAGAGUGGUGGGUAUAUGUGGAGCGCCAGAGAAAUGCGAAGUUUUAAUGAACGAGUUAGGCUUUGAUGGUGCGAUCAACUAUAAAGCUGAAUCGGUACCGGAUCGAUUGAGGACACUGGCACCUGACGGCGUUGAUAUUUACUUUGAUAAUGUCGGCGGUUUCGUUAGUGAUGCGGUUAUUGCACAGAUGAAUCAAGGAGGUCGUGUGGUUUUAUGCGGUCAGAUUGCCGUGUACAACACGAAUCUACCGUACCCGCCGCCGAUACCCGAGAAGACUGCAGAAAUUAUCGCCGAACGAGGCAUUCGAAGAGAACGUUACAUUGUGCUGUCAUAUAAAGAUGACUUGGACUCAACAAUAGCACAGUUAUCUACAUGGUUACAAGAGAAAAAAUUGAAAGUAAAAGAAACAAUCUAUGAAGGCCUGGAACGUGCACCUGAAGCGUUUGUGGAUAUGAUGCGAGGAGCUAGAGCCGGAACGAUGGAUGUUUUGGAUGCGCAACAAACUGUGCUAACAAAUGCGGAAAUGUUCCAAUUGAUCAACGAACGACGCAGACAGCAGUCUACCGUACCGAAAGAUCAGCGUGUGAAGGCGCUUGGAACUGUGAUCUAUGAGGUAGACCUAUGA